CGACGCGACGGGAGUCGGAUCAUAAAUUGCGCGAUCCCGCGGCAGGCUCGAUCACCUUGAUUGCUGUCGGAAGCAGGCGAAGCGUGGCGGAAGGAAAAGAACGAAAGGCUGGCAGCAAUAAAGGGAGCCAUCCCCCAUGCCGUCCUUCGUACAACGCAACGCAUUGUACUGCCACUACUACGUACUGCCUGUCUCCGCGCGCGCGCCGGAUGCGUGCCGCUUGAGUUGGCGUGCGGAGCGGUGCGCCGGCCGCUUGGCAGUGGAAGCAAAGUGAGCACGGUGUCAGGUGUACGACGCGCAUGAAAGCCUGGACUACGGGUUCGUAGUAUGAUCGUCGGUGCAAUGAACUUGCGCCGGCGACGGUCGCAAGGCGCGGCGGAGGAGGAACAUUCCUCGCCACAAAGCGGCGCGGCAACAGCAUUUGACAGCAGCCGCUGCGCCCCGCAAGCAAACUCAUUUGCGUGAACGGCAGCGCUAGCUGCGCGCUCAGCUCCGCGAUCGAUUCGCCGCCGCUGGGCGGUGUCAGCGAAAGGGAGGGGAACCCUCCAUCGGAACAGGUGUUGCCAACGUCGACUACUGCCGCCGGACUUUGAACUCGCGCGUUUGCCGAGCACGGGUGCUUCCGGAGCCGGGACGACGCCCCAGCUGGUUGUUGGGAGUAACCGAGUGGUCCGGCGCAUAUCCCGGUGCCCCGUGCGAGGCCGGCGGCUGCUGCACACACCGUGGAAUGCGCCUGACACCGCCCGGCAUGCCCGAAGGCAACGGCGAAGCAAGGAUGCUGCGCGGAUCCCAGCUGCCGAGGGAUCGAGUGCCAGGAAGUCUCAAAGACUCGGACCAGGGACCCAGGUCGCUGGGGGACAGCAGCGACUGCGGCAGCGGGGGCAGCCUGCUGAGCGUCGUGGGCAACGGUGGGGACGGCAGCUACGAACGGCAGCACGUGCACGAGGCGCACUUGCGCGAGGCCUUCCAGGCCAUGCACUGCAUGCAACUCAAGGGCCAGCUGUGCGAUGUGCGCCUGGUGGCUGGCGGCCAGAGCCUGUUGGCGCACAGGCUCGUGCUGGCCGCCUCCAGCCCCUACUUCCAUGCCAUGUUCAACAGUGACAUGUGUGAGAAGGCACAGGCAGAGGUGGUGAUUCACGACAUCGCCUUCUCGGCCCUGCAGCAGCUCGUGGAAUUUGCCUACACUGGCGAGAUUGUCAUCACUGAAGGCAACGUUCAGAGCCUGCUGCCCGCUGCCAGCCUGCUGCAAGUGGGCAGUGUUCGUGAGGCGUGCUGUGCCUUCCUGCUGGGACAGCUUCACCCGUCUAACUGCCUGGGCAUCCGCAGCUUUGCCGACACGCACGCCUGCCGCGACCUGCUGGGCAAGAGCCACCGAUACGCCCUGCACCACUUCCGCGAGGUGGCGCACACCGACGAGUUCCUCAUGCUGCCUUUCUCGCAGGUGGAGGACCUGAUCUCAAGCGAUGAGCUCAAUGUCUCCUCGGAAGAGUUGGUCUACGAGGCCACCGUAGCCUGGAUCAAGCACGAUCUGCCCGAGAGGGAGAAGUAUGUUGGCAAGCUGCUGCAGCACUGUCGGCUGCCGUUGAUGCGUCGGGAGUUCCUGCUCUCCAAGGUGGGCGAGGAGCCGCUGGUGCGCUCGAGCGAGGAGAGCAAAGACCUGCUCAUCGAGGCCAUGCGCUACCACCUGAUGCCUGAGCGGCGCGCUGCCAUGGCUGGGCCGCGCACCUCGCACCGCAGACCCGAGGGCCUCCGCUCCUACCUCUUCGCUGUCGGUGGAGGCUCACUGUUUGCCAUUCACAGUGAGUGCGAGUACUACAAUCCACGCACGGACCGCUGGAGCUCUUUCGCACCCACCAUCCACCGGAGAUCUCGAGCCGGCAUAACUGCACUGAACCGAAUGUUGUAUGCCAUUGGCGGCUUCGAUGGCACGCGGGACCUGUCGUCGGUGGAGUGCUACGACCCCGUGCGCAACACGUGGUCGCUGCUCCCAGGAUUGGGCAGCCGACGCAGCUGCCUGGGAGUGGGAGCCCUGCGUGGCCUCAUCUAUGUGGCUGGUGGCUACGACGGGACCUCCUGCCUGAGCAGCGUAGAACAGUUUGACCCCCUUGUUGGUGCUUGGACCUCUGUGGCUGCCAUGGAGUAUCGUCGCCGAUACUGCCGCCUUGCUGUCCUUGAGGACUGCCUGUACGCCGUGGGGGGUCACGAUGGGGCCAACUACCAGUCGUCCGUGGAGCGGCUGGACCCGCGGGAGGGCCGCUGGCGGCUGCUGCCGUCGAUGCACAGCCGGCGCAACAGCUGCGGCGUGGCCGUCCUCGACCGGUCCCUCUACGCCGUCGGUGGGAACGACGGCAGCCUCUGCCUCAGCAGCGCCGAGCGCUUUGACCUGGCCGCCAACAUGUGGGACCACGUAGGAUCCAUGCACUCACGCAGGACGACACACGAGGUGGUCCAAGCCGACGGCUUCCUCUACGCCGUUGGCGGAAACGACGGCAGCUCAAGCCUCAACACUGUUGAGCGCUACGACCCGCGGCACAACAAGUGGAUGCUCGUCACUGCCAUGAUGCUUCGACGAAGCAGCGUAGGCGCUGCCGUACUGGAGUGUCCCGUGCUAGAGCGCGCAAACUCUACGUCGUUUGCUUCAGUCAUUGGCGCCUCCUCCGAGCCGUGAGGCGAACGCUUCCAGCCUUUCUCGCGCUUUGCCCAAGCCAUUUUUUGGCACCAUUUUACAUUGCCACCUGGGGGCCACACAGUGUAAAGACCAUUGAGCUUCGGUGGUGCUUUCUCACUGUCUGUAAAAAGACAAGUCGACGUUCUCACAUUUUGCGCACUGCUUUUGCAAGCCCACAUUGCCGCAACAAUGAGAUCAGCUAAAUCUGGUGUUCCUCAACAGAGCGCAGAGUUUCUCAGUUUGGGUGCUACGAACAUUCACAUUACUCCCAGCAUUGGGUAGCGAGUUAGAUUGCAUUUCCAUAGAGAACAGAGCUUCCCCAACACCUUCAUACCCAAGUCAUACCCAGUUGACCCAAGAGUGACUGCUGCAUGUGCAAUUUUUUUUUUUAUUGCCGACAAAUUGCUGCUUCGCAGCAAUUUGUCGCAUCCAACGUGUGAAAUCCUUAAGUGAUGCUGGCCUUCAAAAGCUAGCUACUUCUGGUUUCAAACGUGAUUUAUGGGGCGAUGUCGUGCACAUUCCAUGAUCAUCCAUUUUCACCCAUCUAGUUGUCGUGCAGGCAUGUAUGUCGUGCACAUGUGAUGUGUAUAGAGUGAUGUUUUGUAGGAAUAUGUGCACUAUGGUUUUCAAAGCACUUUCACAUGAAGUUGCCAGUACCGGCAAGAAGGGAAGAAAACAAAAAGCGGCACAUUUAAUGGCUGCCUGACAUCUGUCUUCUUGGCUUUGGAAAUGGCUCUGCUUUCACUUAGUGCUGAAUGAUAUAUAAUAAGCAUUUGUGAGUGCUUGGUAGUAGUACACUACAUGCGAUACCGGUGAGCUAUUGAAUGAUGUUUACUAGUGUCCUCCAUCGGAAUAGCUUCCCUGUCUGAUAUUUUGAAUAAUGAGAUGUAUGUUCCUCUUUCUGAAGUUAACUUGUACUAGCGGUUUAGAGAACAUAACUUAUUUUUCCCAUUACUUCAAUUUUUAGAACACUUUGCGUUUUUCACAUUCUUUUUUUCUCGCUAAGCAAUGUUGUAAAUACUUCGUACUUGUUAGGAGCUGGAAGACCUGCUAACUUAUUUAAUAAACUUAGCCUGUUUUACAAUUUUUCUAUCCAAGUUUAAGGUUUGAGUCUAUAGCUUGGUUACGACAAUAUUUCGAUAGGCACCCUAUUACCUGGAACUGUUAGCAAAUUGUUGCAAUGACUGCAAGUGCUUGACUGUCAGUUGAAAUACCAGAGUGGUGCUUUCAAGCCUACCCCGCUGGUACUGCGUCGAGCAAGUCAAGCAUUUACAGGCAUUUAAAAUUAUGGUGGUACUGUUCGCUGCUGGCACGUCACAUUAGUAGAUGAACACAAGCGUGUUACACCUGACUUCAAUCUUUUCCUGCUACAAGCGGAUUGUUUUCGCUGAGUUGGCACAACUUUCACUCAGUUUAUUCGUCCUGAUUGAUUCAGAAAGGUACGUGCGAGGUCAUAAUGUUCAAUGUGAAUAAAUGGCAGAAAGUGCUUUAGCAUAGACAGGCCUUAGAAUAGUCUGGAGGCACACUGCCCUUAGGGUACUGGCAGUUAGCAGAAUGUUCCUUUUUUUCUUCUUACACUUUUCUAUAUAUUAAAGAAAUGCGGCGUAACAACUUAUAGUGCGUAGUGGGCUAAGACGCUCCAGAAGACACUUCGCUUGCCGAGCUCACUGCAGAGCCGACAAGAUUUUUUUGCCAUUGAGGUCAACUUUUUUUAUUUUUGGCACUGUGUUAUACACGUUAGGCUUAAGGCACAACCACACUGCGUUGUUUCUCUGAUUUGCACCUUGAUGUCCACAAAUAGAAGAAGGAAAAUCUCAAUAAGACUGUGUGAAUGGUACGCUGGUAAAGCUUGUAACGGGUUAUGCCAGUGCUUGUGGAGGUGUCUGGUGCGGUAAUCUUGAUUGAUCACUUCUGGGGACACGAUCACUUUUCGCAACAUUGCGCACGAUUGUGCAUCAGGUAUCCUGGUGCCGAUUUAGCGAGCUUGGCGCAGUGCCAGGAAUUCGGUUGACCGCAUGUGUCGGUGCAUCUGGUGCCAUGACACACAGAGUAUCUUAUUAAAGUAACUGUAUCCUCAACGGUGGUUAGGUCAUCAACAUUACUACCACCUUGUGCUUUCUGCCACGCGACAAGCAAUGUAUAGCACAUGAUUUUUUGUUAUCAACACAUUUUGUUUUAAAACUUCUGCAAUAUUUGCUGUUACAUUCCACAGUGUCUUCGUUUCUUCAUACACACACACACAUGUGAAUAACCUUGCUGUUGCUAUGCUGCACACAACUUUGCUUUGAGGUCGUGCCGCCAUAUUUAGCAGCAAGCAUUACAUCGAGUUAAAGAUUUUGUUUUUCGUGACGGGGAAAGAAAGAUCACUUAUGCACUUUUUCUGGUCACUGUUUUUUACUCUCCCGUUGCAUUGCUCACAUUGUCAACUACUGUCAUUGCCGCCUCAGCUUUCGUAAGAGUGUGCAAGUGUAUACUACUGUGUCUAGCCUCCCAAAACGGUUUGUUUGCAUAUUGUUUUGAAAAUAGCAAGCCUAACAUGGGUGAGUCGUCAAUUAGGAUCUGGAAGCAUUGACAGCCAGAUUGCAAUGAGGUCUUAUGUUGAUAAAAGCAUGUUACACUAGCUUAACGAUUACGCGUUGCAGUAGAGGGAUGAGAAUGAAAUAAAAAAGA